AUGAACAAAGGGCAGUGGCAAAGCUGGAAGGAAGCAGCAAAGCUCCAUUUAAGAUGUCAAAGUCUCAAAGAAAACACUGUCAAGGUUCCUGCAGUCAGCGAAGAGGUUCAGCAAUUGGCAGAUGAGUUACUUGUAUCGAAGAUUCCACUCAAAUUUGAAGCAGAAAGGCUCAAAGAACAGGUGAUGCCCACAAGAGUCAAAGUUGAAGAGCUCGAAAUGCUUGCAGGCAGCCCCAAAGCGAAAAGGUUGGCAGAUGAAGAGGUUGUUGGCUCACACAGGAUGCCACAGUGCACAAAUUGUGCUGAUUCGAGGGUUAUUGCAAGAAGAAGCAGGAUUGAGGAGCCAUCGAGGCACAUAAUAGGGCAGAAUGUCCCAGAUGAGCCUCUGAGGUCAUCAUGGGGCAUUGUGCUGGUCUGCAAAGGAUGUCCCAUGGCAGCCUCCAAGGCUGCCUUGGGACAUCCCUCCCUCCCCUUUGCCAACCAGUGGGAUGUCCCACAACAGCCUCUAAGGCUACAUUGGGACAUCCCACUGUUCCCUCUGCCAAGCAGUGGGAUGUCCCACAACAGCCUCCAAGCCUACAUUGGGACAUCCCACCCUCCCCACUGCCAACUAGUGGGAUGUCCCCCAACAGCCUCUAAGCCUACAUUGGGACAUCCCACCCUCCCCUUUGCCAACCAGUGGGAUGUCCCACAACAGCCUCUAAGGCUAUACUGGGACAUCCCACCCUCCCCUCUGGCAACCAGAGGGAUGUCCCAACACAGCCUCUAA